GAGGAGGAGGAGGAGGAGGAGGAGGAGGAGGAGGAGGAGGAGGAGGAGGAGGAGCAGCAGCAGCAGCAGCAGCAGAAGCAGGAGCCACUCCACAGAGCCACCAGUAGUCAUGUGAGUGUUGCAGAGGAAGAGAAGGGAGGUGCUGUUGGUCCCAUUGAUGAUAGUGCUGCACAUGACCUUACUCUCACUGAAGAAGGUGAUGAUGAUGCAGACUCGGGAGAUACAGACAGCAGCAGUGAAGUGCCUGGAGCAGAGACCUGUGCCAUCUGUCUCGGGUGCAUGCGAGGAGAAGUUGGUUCCCCAGAGGCUUGUGAACACACUUUCUGCCUCAUCUGUAUUCUUGAAUGGGCAAAGACAAAUCCAUCAUGCCCUCAAGAUCGUAAGGCAUUUACCAAGGUGUUGGUACGAUUAACCCUGCAGACUGAGAAAGUGGAUCGGGAAAUUCCAAUUAAAAAACAGGAGUCUGAGUUGGUGCUGAUUUCUGAAACUGACAACCCCACCUAUUGUGAGGUGUGCAAUGAGUGUGACCGGGAGGAGCGGCUACUGUUGUGUGAUGGCUGUGACUUGGGCUACCACCUGGAGUGCCUUGACCCUCCACUGGAUCAGGUGCCAGUGGAAGAGUGGUUCUGUCCUAGCUGUACAAGUGCUGAACUUCCUUCCACAGUUAGGGUUCGGCAAACACCUCAGAGUGAAUCUAGCACUUCACAAGAACGGCCCCGCAGGCAGCAAUCCUCUUCCCAACGGCCAAGGCUCAUCCCACGCACCAGGGCGACUGAGAGGGUGAGGGACAGGAUCAUCAGGAAACGCAAAGAGAAACGCAAGAAGCGCAGACUUAACAGGAAACGCAAAAUUGAAAGUGGGGAAAUUGACGACCCAAGACCUUCUGUUGACUGCAAAGAGCGCCUUCUGUUCUUUGGAAGCAUUGACAAUGAGGUUCCUGCUGAAGAUGCGAACGACACAUUUGCUGAUCAUCUCCUGGCUGGCGUGUCAGAAUGGGCCAAUAGUAGGAAUACAGCAGGCCGGAAGAAUGAUGCUAUUAAGAUUCUGCGAGAUGCUGCAUUUACUCCCUCAACUAGCUAUGCAGGAAAGGCAUCAAUGGCAGUCAUAAAUCGUGUCAACAAUCAGGCAGAGGAAACACGAGAAGAUGAUGUUUUGAGUAGUAUUUUAGAGAAUCAGAGCAUUGUCCUCACUACCUCCAAAAAGCUGUCUCUUACUAGUGAUAGGAAGUUCAAGAAAGAGGAUGAGGCAAGUGAUGCAGAGUCUUUCAGUCUAAAACAAGAAGAGAGCUCUCUCAUGACUGAGCCUCUUCCAUCCAGGAGAUCCACACAGAAGGAUGAUGAGGAGAGGGGUACAUCUCGGGAAGAUGAACGAAGACACUUCAGUCCUCCAAGAAGAACUUUUCAGUACAGCUUCUCUCAUCACCCAUCUUAUUCCCACAAGUCUAGGUAUGAACAUUCAUCACGAGGAUUUGAAUCCAAUCAUAGACCACAAAGAGAAGAAAGAGGAUUCAGAGAGGAAAGAAUAGAGAGGGAAGAGAGACCAUCUGGCACAGUGCACCAAUCUCCUUUGGAAGACAGGCGCAGGUCUCCUCCCAGAAUGUCUUAUCAACGACAAAUGCCUUCUCACCAAUUUAGGAAUCAGAGAAAUGCUCCACCUAAUAACAGGAACUGUGAUCCUCAUGCUCGUUGGGAUGAAAGACAAAGAUCACAAAGGAGUCCGCCAUGGAAAGAUUUUGUUCAUAGGCAAAACCCUUCCAAUGACACCUAUUGGGGACGUAGACAAAAUGAGUCAUCAGGAAGCAGUAGUAGAGAGCCCAGCAGCCAGGAAAGGUAUGGAAAAAAUGAUAGAAAUAACAGCAAAGAAAUUUCCAGCUACAGAUCUCAUCGGCCUUCAUCAGAUAAAAGAGGCAGUAGCCCACCCUCAGGUGUGCAUGAUAAGUAUCCACGCAGGAGUGAAGAUGGUGAUAAACUUUACUCUCGAAGGGAGGAAGAUAGACACAAAAAGGAGGAAAGAGGGUACUAUCGCCAGUACCAUCAAAGGGACCACUCUCACCACAGGGGAUACAAGUCCUCCUAUCGAACAGAAAAAGAAAGUCUAUCCUCUUGCUCUUCCCAUCAGUCACGAUCUUACUCUAGGUCACCAGGUAGAUCAAUGUCACCAAUCAGGUCAAGAUCACCAGCUAGAUCACGAUCACGGUCACAUUCCAGAUUGAGGGAAACUCGUGGGAGGGAUCGUGAUGAUACCAAAAGGAGGAGAAAUCCUCACCAGCACUCGGAUAACAAUAAUGAAAGUGCAUUCAGAGCAAGCAAAAGUCCUAUGUCCCCUGAAGGAAUUUUAAAUGAUAGUCAACAACAGAGUGAUAGUAAAGUCACUCCAGGAAAUGGUGCUGAUGUUGUGUGCUCUCAUCACUUCUCAAAGGUUCAUGAUCUAUCAAGCAAGCCAUCGUUUGAGAUACCUGAGAUACUAGAGAACAAAUUCAUGGAAGCAAGGUCAAGAUCCAUCAAGGAUGAAAUCAAGGAACAGAAAUCUACACUCGCAGAGGGAUCUCUUAAGGUUCCCAGAGGAAUUAAAAGAGAGGAAGAAAAUAUCAAGAGUGAUAAUACAUAUUGUAAUAGUGAUAUAACAGAUCAGAAACCUGUGCCAGAGGUAAUGAACUUGAGGAAAGCUGAAAGUAAAAUAUUUGGCAAGGAGAAAAAGGGAAGUGACUUUGGUGUAAAGAUUGAAGAUAGUUUGCUCAAUGAUACAAAGAUUAUCAAUUUUAGUGUACAAAGUAACUGUAAGAGAGACCACAAAAGGGACAAAUUUCAUGAUGAUGCAGAAGGUGUAGACUCUAGAAAAGAUGGCAAUGGAUCUGAUACUCUGGCACUGCAGAGUAUUAAUCAUGCUAAGUGCAUAAACAGAGAGCAGGAAAGUAAAAAUGAAAUUACCUCUAAAGAAGAAAAUCAACCUGAGAGAAAAAAGAGAAAAAAGUUUCUGUCAGGAUUUUUUGGCAGAAUUUUAGAGUAUACCCCAGAGGUGGAACUUUCCCACUGGGAUGAAAAUUCUUCUGAAGAUGUUGCUUCACCUUUCAAGGUGAUCAGAAAAUCUGAUGUUAGAGAAUCAGACAAAGGUAUUUCACUUCCAUUUUCUUUGCAAAGGCUUCUGCCAGGAGAAGGCAAUAUUUCUGGGGAGAGUGAUGAAAGGAUAAAUACUACAAAGGAAGAGAAUCCAAAACAGAAGUCAGAUUCAGGUAAUAGAUAUGUAGAAGGGAAAAAUUUAGAAGUACUGAAAAAUAAAGGCUGUGAGAUACAAAAGUCAGGAGUAGGCAUGGGUAACAUUAAGAAGGAGCAAGAAAAUAUGUCAGAGGAUAAACAUCACAAAAAAAAGUCAGGUCAUAAGACAACAAAGGUUGACACCAAGUCUCUUACCAGCAAACCCAAGGAUAGUGUGUUACCAUCUUCUAGUCAUUCUAUCAUCCCAGAAAGCAAGAGUAAAGAAAGAUCCACGGACAAAGCCACUAUGGAGUCACAAUCUCAAACUCCCAAUGGAAAAGAUGGUUUAGUGCACUCAAGUGGCAAAAGAGAAAGAACUCAAAGUGCUUCUCAAAUGUGCGACCAUCCUUCCACAGAGAUUCAUGAACAUAAUUACAAAAGAGGAUCUACAGAAAAAACAGAAGAUUUUCAGAAUAUUUUUGGUGACAUCAGUGAUCUUUCAGAUACAGAUUCAGAUAAUAACGAGAGAAAUAAGAAAUUACUGAAAGGCAGUUUUGUCACUGAAAAAUCAUCUGUAAAACAGAAUGGUUCUCAAGAAACAAAGCACAAGUUCAUGUAUGAUAAAGAAAAAGAGAAAACCAAGAAAGGUGAGCAUGAAAAGAACAUUUUGAAAGAUGAUGAAUAUGCUACAAAAACUCAGAAGCUGGAGGGCACUGUGUUCAUACAAAAAGAGAAGAAGUCAAAGAACCAGGGAAAGGGAACAAAAAAUGUAAAGCCUAAUAAGGGACAUGUUUUGGAUCUCUUUGGAGAUAACUCUGACAGUGAUGAUGUUGACAAUGUUAAGAUUGAAGAAAUGAAACUACCAGAGAAAUUGCUAAAGUCCUCAUCAUUCAAGGAUGGUUAUGCUCAUAGGAAAGGGAGAGAAGCCACAGACAUUCAUAAAGGAAGAGAGAGAAAGUCUGAAAGGGAAACUUCUUUUCACAGGAAAUCAUCAGAAGAACCAUCUAAGUCAUCCUCGGAGUCUUUUAAGCAUGAUGUAGUUCAUAAGAAAGGAAAAGAAACCACAAACAGCAUUAAACGAGAAAAUAAGAAGUCAGAAAAGGAAACUUCUCUUUACAGGAAAUUGUCAGAGGAAGCACCCAAGUGUGAAUCUGUCAUAGACAGCCAUAACAGAAAAGACAGAAAAUCAGAAAAGGAAAUAUGCCCUCUAAAGAAACCAUCAGAGGAAGCACCCAAAUCAUCCUUAGAGAUAUUCAAGGAUGAUUCUGUCCAAAAGCAACAAGAAGAAGACACUGGCAUUUCCAAAGAAAAAGAUGUUAAGUCUGAAAAAGAAACCUCACUUUACAUGAAGUCAUUAGAGGAACCAACCAAGUCAUUAUCUGAGUUAUCCAGAGGCAAUUAUACUUCUGUUCCCAGAAGAGAGGUCUUAGAGAACCAUAAAGAGAAAAACAUAAAGUCUGAAAAGGAAAGUCUUCAACAUAAAAAAAUCUCUGAGGAACCAUCCAAAUCUUUCUCAGAGUCACUUGAAUGUGGCUUAAUUCACUUUAAGGGAAAAGAGGCUGCAGGCAGUCAUAAAAGAAAAGACAAAAAAUCAGAAAAGGAAGCUUCUCCACACAAAAAAUCAUCACAGGAACUAUCCAGAUCAUCUUCAGAGUCAUUCAAGCAUGACUCUCUUCAUAGGAAAGAAAAAGAAAUCUCUGACAGCCAUAAAGAAGACAUAAAGUCUCAAAAGGAAUCCUCUCCUUCCAAAAAGUCAUCAGAGGAACUAUUUAAAUUAUCCUCAGAGUUAUUUGAAUUAGAGUCUUCUCACAGGAAGGCAAGAGAGGUCAUUGACAGCCAUAAAAGAAAGGACAAAAAAUCUGAAAAGAAAACUUCUCCACACAGUAAGUCAGAGGAACCAUCCAAGAUCAACUUUGAUCUUGGAAAAAUAAGAGAAUCCUUAGAUAGCCAUGAAGAACAAACGGAUGAAUGUUCACAACAAAAACAGAAAAAGAUACCAGAAAAGCCAUUGAAAGCUGAACAACCUAAAUCUGACUCUGGUACUGAUAAAGUAAAAGAAGCUGCAAUUAAUCAUGAAGAACAAAAGGAUGGAUGUUCAGAACAAACACUGAAAAAAAUGUCAGAGAAACCAGGUAAAGCAGCAGCCUCAGAGAAACAUGACCAAUAUACUGAUCACAAAAAGACCACAGACAUCCCUAUCGGUCAAUCAGAGAGAGACAAAAAACUCACUCAUCCAGAAGACUAUAGCAAAAGAAAAACUGGGUGUUCCUUACAUGUGGAUGGGGACCAUCACAACAAUAAAAAAAAGAAGUCCAGCUCUUAUCCCGCAGGAAAAAUACAAAGAGAAAAAGAUCCAGUAUGCAAAACAGAGAGCAAGUCUUUAGUUGCAGCAACAUCUUCCCUCCAAUCAACUACUCACUCUUCAGAUAGGAGAGAAAAGAAAGAUGGUGGUGACUCACAUGCCAAGCAGCUGAAGGCAUCACUGGAGCUGAAGGUGGUGGCAGAGGUGAAGAAGUGGCUAGACCCUCACUACCGUGACAAGAGUAUCACCAAAGAAGAGUACAAGGAAAUUGUGGCUAAGUGCGUCAGUAAGGUUGUGUCAGCAGAGUGUGGAGAUGUGAUAGAGAGUGAGAAGAUGCACUCCCUGGUGGAGGGUUAUGUGAAGCUGUACAGACACCGGCGGGCCAAACUACAGGUACCUCCAUCCUCCUGAACUUUCAACCAUGGGAUACACUAUGUGGUUAAAGCUUUGUUUUCACCAACUAUUGUGACUAAGGUUUUGUUUUCACCAAAGUUGAAUAAUAUUUUAUUAAGAAACUUGGAUAAACUAUAAGUGUAGUGAUAUAGAAAUUACAAGUAUUUUCUGUGUUACUGUCUACAGUGACUGAAAUGCUACAAUUGAAGGAUGUCAUAUGUGAAAUAUGUAUAUUGUAAUUACUUAACUGCAACAGGAAUUGGCACCUCUAUCCAUGCCUGUGUUACAAACAGGUGUGACUGCUUCCACAAGAGGGGCUGAGCAGAUGAGGAUUUUGAAUAUUAGUUUUAUUUUUUUUUUUUUUUUCAAAAGUAAGGUCAUAGUUUGGGACUGAAGCUGUGUGCAUUUCAUUUCCACUGUUAUGGUCUGAAGGGUUGUAUGGAAAGAGAUUGAAAGAUGUAAAUGAAUGGUUGUGUGCCAUAUGUUGACUGGAUAACAUGUUUAACUUUUGGAGCACAACUUUUGUGAAGUCUGAACUCUUUGCCUUGUGAAUUGCAUUGUUAAUUCAUAGAUUAAUUGAAUUAUUUCAUAUAUUUCAAGCUAUUUAAAGUUGAUUAGCUCAUUUAUUACUUGAAGAGCUGUACAUAUUGGAAUUAUUUGGUAUCAUGAUAAUGUUUUGUUGACACAUUUAGCAGUCAUAUGCAAAUUGGAUAAUAAUUCUAUUAUUCAUAGUGGUGAUUUAACACCCAGAUCAUAAAUUGAAGAUACUGUAUGUAUUAAUUUAUUUAUGACAUACAUGAGUACAUGUUCCUAAAUUAAUCAAGACUGAUUUUUUUCAAAUCAGAACAUUUUUGUAUUUUAUAUUUUGUAUUAUGUGAUCCAGAAAGGAAUUGCUCACCUGUCCAGGUAUGAGAUAGGGUUGUGACUGUCCACAUCAUCAUCACAGCCACCACUACAGUACCACUCUUUACCACAAAACUGCACUAGAAGUUGGAAGAAAAAAAACCCCAUUGACUUGAAUCAUCUCAAGAAAAGGAGAUGUGCCUUAGCUUGGUUGUGCCUUACUUGCAGUGUUGUCUGUUUGUCUUUUUCAGAUAUUAAAUCACACCCCUUGACUUAAUGUUGCUUCAUGACAAACAUUUCAUGAGAUUGUUGUAGUUGCUUAUAUUCACUUUUCUGUGUGAUUGUUUCUCAUUCUUUUAGACAAAAUUAAGUAGAAAGUGACUGUCAUCUCUUAAGUUAUAAGCAAUAGUCAUUAUGGGCAUAUGUCAGUUCUUAACACUUAAAAAUGACACUGGUAUUGCAAGUGUGUUGACAUUAGAGAAAUGUAUUUUUAUGAUUCUGUGAUUCUUUCAUCUUAAUAAACUUUUAGGAAAUUUUGUUAUAAUGUGCGACUUGAAAACAAAAAGACUGCACUUUAAAAGAAAUUUGUUACGGUGGCUAGGAGUUAUACAUUUGUUUGUAUUAUGUGUAGAGUUUUAUCAGAUUAAAAUGUAAUAUAUAUGGGUAGUACAAAAGGAAAUGUACAUAAUGUGAUAAAAUAAUGGUUUGUGUAUUGACUUUUAAAUACUUAUAAAGAUAUCAAGUAAAUAUCAGGCCAGCUAUGAGAAGGAAAGAUGUUUCAGAUGAUUAUAAUGAAUUAAGGGAAUACAUACAUUGAAAGUGUUCAUAGUGAAAGAUUUUUUUCCUAAAAGAAGUAUUCAUAGGUUUAUAAAUAAUCCAGGUAUUACUAGGUAAGAGGUUUAUUUUGGGAAGCUAAAAGGCACAUGCUGCUGCAAUGAUUGAGGGAUUACUGUAGUAGAGAACUUUAACAUAAAUGAAACAAGGGAAAUGUGGAGAAAACCAUA